AUGAAUGAUACUCUUCUUAAUUGGCAGAAGGAACCUGACAGUUUGAAUUUGAACUGCGCCAAAAGGAAAAAGUCAAAACCGUUCAUCACCGGCGCAAAGUCUUGGAUUGGCGCGAGGUUUCUGCACAAUCCUAUCCAAGCUAUUGAAACGUGUACUCUCUUUCCAUAUCCAUUAAGUUCAUUGCUUUUAUCUAUCUCUCCGUUAGCAGCUGUUUUACAUACAAGUGAUCUUGUCUUCUUAGGAGAACAAAGCGUUGGAAAAACAUCUUUAAUCACUAGAUUCAUGUAUGAUUCUUUUGACAAUACAUAUCAAGCUACGAUCGGCAUCGAUUUUCUUAGCAAGACAAUGUACCUGGAAGAUAGAACGGUCCGUCUGCAACUUUGGGAUACCGCUGGCCAAGAGCGUUUCCGAUCUUUGAUUCCAUCCUACAUUCGUGAUUCUACAGUUGCUGUUGUUGUGUAUGACAUCACAAACGCAAACUCAUUCCAUCAAACGUCGAAGUGGAUAGACGAUGUUCGCACGGAAAGAGGAAGCGAUGUGAUAAUCAUGCUUGUAGGGAACAAGACAGAUUUAGGUGAUAAAAGGCAGGUCUCGACUGAGGAAGGUCAGCGCAAGGCUAACGAACUCAAUGUCAUGUUCAUCGAAACCUCUGCCAAAGCAGGAUACAACGUUAAACAGCUUUUCCGUCGCAUUGCUGGUGCGCUGCCAGGAAUAAUCAAGGAUGAUGAUCGUACUGAAAACACUACUGUUGUAAACAUGGAUCCGAUCAAACAGCGUCAAAUAGUCACGGAGGAAGGAUCGUAG